UCGUUGACUGUGGAGUGCACCAGUAGUAGUCGAGUGUCGCUAUGGAGCCAUUCUACUCGCUGCUGUGUUUCGUGGGAUUGUCUAGUGUUUGUCCAAGCCCUGGAGCGUUGGACAUCGUUGGGAUGCUCCCACCAGAGAUAGCCGUGAUGAUUCUCAGGAAUCUGGACGGCCCGUCGCUGUUGGCAGCAACUGGAGUCAGCUCCCGCUGGCUGAGCCUCGUCCAGUCGGACUGUGCGCUGGCGCGCAGACUCAGCAGACAAAGGAAAAUAAAGAGGCGCCUCCGCGAGGCCCGGGUGUUCGCCGCCGUCUGCCAACCGCUGAGGACGCCGGGCGCCGUGCACAAACCGCUCGCAGACCGAAACGGCCGAUUCGCCACCACAAGACCUGACAUUGGUGGUGUGCAGUUGCUGGCCGCGCCGCUGGGCGUCCACAAGGCCGCCAAGAGGAAGAGCUCCUGCACCCUGCAGUCGGCUAAGCUGAGGUUUGCAGCGGAUAGCCGUGUUGUGACGUCAGACGUCACGGUGCAGCCUGUGAGGAAGGCGAUGAGGAUCUGACAACUCUGCAUUCUCUGUGGCCAAUAAACUGU